AUGAUACAAGCGUGCUUCAGCCAUCCGAGCUCACCGGCCGCCGCCGCCGCCGCGGCCUCCCAGUCCCCUCAAAGCCUCAUCACCUCCAUAUACCAAACUCACCUCCUUGACUCCCCCACUCACCUCACGCUCACCUGGUCAAGAACCGCCUCCUCCCACAUGCUCACCAUCCACUCAUCGCCACCCCACCUCUUCUCUCUCACCAUCUCCCUCCAACCUCCAACCUUCUCUCUCUUCAGGACCCGACCCGGGUCCAAAUCCAUACACCUGACCCCCCACCGCCGCCACGUGAAGAUCAAGGUCCACUGGGACUUCACUCGGGCAGAGUUCGCUCGCGGCUCGGCUGAGCCCGAGGCGCGCUUCUACCUUUCUCUCACAUGCAAUGGCAAACUAGAGUUCUACCUCGGUGACCUGGAGGCUGAGGCCGGUCGGCGGCACAGGCUGGCCUCGGCUCGACAGCUCGCCGAGCCAACCACGACGCUCUUGUCGCGGCGAGAGCACGUGUUCGGCAGCCGGGUCUACGCCUGCACAGCUCAGUUCUUGGGGUCCAAGCACGAGAUCGCCAUAGAGUGCAGCGGUGGCGUGUUGAAAGUGAAGGUCGACGGAGAGACGAGACUGGUGGUGAAGAGACUGGCGUGGAAGUUCAGAGGUAACGAGAGGAUCACGGUCGGCGCCACCGAGGUCGACUUCUUCUGGGACGUGUUGAAUUGGGUCGGCAACAUCACCGGGGGCGAGAUUGGGAACUGCGGGUACGGAGUGUUCGUCUUCCAAGUGGGCGAAUGCGGAGUGAUAUGGCCGGAGAUGGUCGGGCCGGAGAAGAAGCUGAUGAAGAAGAGCAAAUCCGCUCUGGUAAAUCCAGCCAAGUCGCAGAAGCCGGCGACGCUCUCGCCGUCGUCGCCCUCGUGCUCGAGCGUCUUGCAGUGGGCGGAGGAGAGCGGCAGCAGCGACGGGAGCAGCAGGAGCUCUUGCUGCUCAUCGUCCACAAGGUCAAGCGGGAGUGGCAACGGAGGGUUCUCUUUGAUGGUGUAUGCUUGGAGGAGUGAGUGA